GCACAGACGCGGGUGGAGCAGGAGGAGCUGGAGGAGGCCGUGUCGGUGGAGGAGCUGAGCCGCUGAUCGAGCCUGUUUCUCGGGUGUCGGCUCCGUAUCGACCGCACCGAGCUCCGGAGCGAGGAGCAGCGCGCGGGAAUGAUGCUCCAGACGUGCACGCGCUUAUGACACACGGACGCGCACAGGUCUGAACCAGGUCUGAACCAGGUCUGAACCAGGUCUGAACCAGGUCUGAACCAGGUCUAGACCAUGUCGGGGCUCCUCAUCUGUCCUCGCUGUGGAGACACAUUCAAGUUCAACACGAUUGCGGAGCUCAGAGUUCAUCUCAUCACACAACACACGUAUGAGACGCUGCUACUGCUGUCCCAGGCUCGUGUGCCGACCUCCAGACCUCGCUCCCUGCUCCCGCUCCCAGAGCCGAUGUCGGCCCAGACUCAGAGCUCAUCAGUGGGAUCAGAGCUCCAGGAAAGUGCCCUGCCUCUGGAGAGUCUGGAUCUGGCCUCGUCUACCUCCUCAGUCCAGCUGCUCCAGCCUCUGGUCCUACCCAGAACAAGACUCACAGAGGCUUUUGUGACUGUUGACAUCGGCCUGGAGGAGAGACUGGGUCUUGGUUUGGAUCUUGGGUCCAGGAUCGCUCGGAGUUUGGCGGAGGUGGAGGAGCGGGUGAACCGGAAAGUGGACCGGCUCAAAUCCCGACUGGACCAGAAGGAGGCGGAGCUUAGGAAACAAAAGGAGCUGGAGGAGAAGCUGAGGGCUGAUAAACAAGAGCUGAACACCCGCGUGGUCUACCUAACAGGGCAGGUGUCUGCUGCCGAGGAGCUCAUGAGCAAACUCCUGAAGGAUCUGGAGGAGAAAGAGACGGAGCUGAGCCACAAACAACAGGAGAUGGUGGAGGUCGAGUGUUUUCUCAGUGGUUUGGCUCAGAGAGAAGCUGAGGCUAAAGUCAAACUCCAGGUUUUCAUCGAGUCGUUGUUGGAGCGAGCUGACCGCGCCGAGAGACACCUGCUCCUCCUCACCUCACACAAGCCCCUCCCACACCCGCACAGGAGCAGUUUGGACGACAUUAUAACCAGCCGCCUCCAGGAAUCCAUCGGAAACAGGAGGAGUCUCAGUCUCUCAGAUUCAUACGGACUUGGAUUUCAGCCAAUCAGUAGUUGGGAGUGUGGCCCGACUCGAGCUCUGUCUCUGGGCUGUGCCGACGCAGACGCUCCCCCGGACACAACCAGGUUUGUAGAAGGAGGAUGGGGCCAAACCUGGAGCAAAUCGGCUCGACAUCACAGCACAGAGGAGGAAGAGGAGGAACGAGAGGAAGAGGAGGAGGGAGACGAAGAGGAGGAGGAGGAGGACGAAGAAGAGGAGGAGGGAGACGAGAGCAUGUGCUGAGGAGACCAAAGCAACACAAUAUCAACCAAAAUGAGGACUAAACCAAAACUGGACCAGGAUUUGACCAGGAAUAAACAAGGACUAAACCAGAACUAAGCCAGGACUGAACCAGAUUUAAGCUGGGUCUAAACUGGGUCCAAAACCAGGACUAAACCAGGACUAAACCAAAACUAGACCAGGGAAAACCAGGAGUAAACUAGGAUAAAACCAUAGCUAAACCAAGACUAAACCAGGAUUAAAUGAGGACUAAACCAGGACUAAAUGAGGACUAAACCAGGACUAAACUAGGUCUAAACCAGGACUAAACCAGGACUAAAGUGUGUCUAAACCAGGACUAAACCAGGACUAAAGUGUGUCUUCUCCCAGGAGGUCUGUCAUUGAGCCGUCAGAUAAUCAGUGUUGGCCUUUUUCUGACAAAUGCUUUUUCUAUUUUACUGUCUUUAUCCUCCCGAGGACUAAACCGUGACUAAACCAGGACUAAACCGGGACUAAAUCAGGACUAAACCAGGACUAAACCAGGACUAAAUCAGGCUGACACAGGCUGAAUUCAUACUUCACGUACCACAUCACAAAUGGGAUUAAACUGGGACAAAACCUGGAGCUAAACUAGCACUAAAACCAGACCAAACCAGGACCGAACCAGGACCGAACCAGGACCAAACCAGGACCAAACCAGGACCAAACCAGGACCAAACCAGGACAAAUGCGAAAGCCUAAAACCAGGUCAAAACCCAAAGAUAAUCAGCAAACUGUUUACUGUAUAUAGCCUUGAUCUGAACUGUGCCAAACCGAACUGUGCUAGAAUCAGACCUACAGACGUCCACAACCACAGAAACAGAAACAUAUCACGUCUCAGUCACUUUAGCUCCUGUCGUCCUUUUUAAAUGAGCAAAAGACUGAACUGUGCUGCCCACGUGUUUAGAAAAUACUGUCUUAUUUUCCAUCAUCAUGAUUCAUUCAGACUCAGAUGAAGUCAGGGGGUUUCAGGAUUCUGUUAUAGGCGCCAUUUUGAGCACUUUUUCACCGUUCACAAUAAGAAUGGACUGAUACGGAGUUGGAUUUGGAGUGAGUCAAUUCAAUUUCAAAUCAAUUUAUUUUUGUAAAGUCCCAAAUCACAACAGGGCUGAACAUGAGAAUUAAUUUAACGAACAGAAAAUUAAAAAAUCAACAAUGAAACAGAAACAGACGAGCGAUUUAAUCAGAAGAAAACAAAAACAAAAGAACAUCCGCCGUCCUUAGACUCUAUUUCUCCGCAAGGAAAACAAAAAAAAACUCGUACUUGAAUCAUCUUUAAUCGCUUUUGCUGAUCUGUUUUCACCUCCACUGUGACGUCCGCACUUCCUUCUUCAGUUUUAUUUUCUUAAUCGCUGACAGUCGUAGGAUUCGGCCGCGUCUCGUCGUAAUUUUGGUACAACACAGCUGUCCGUAGGGGGCGCUACAGCAUGCGACGCUUUGUUGUGAUGACGUUUACGGCGACGUCAGCUCCUGUUGGACGCCGCCAUUUUAAAAAAAAGUCGUUUUAGAUGAAUAUUGUGAUUUAACAUGUCUGAAUUAUAACAUACACAAGCACAACAGCACUGAUUUAAGAUGUUUUUGGGUUUUUUUUUAACAAUAAUUUCAAAUCUAAUCGUGUUUUUCCAGUGUGCUCCAGGUUGGGUUUAGACUCCAGGGGGCGCUAUAGCCUCCUGUAGUAAUGAAAGAUUUAAACUCGUGUCACUAUCACCUUUAUAUUCUUAAGAUUGACGUUAAUGUCUUAGUUGAUCUAUGCAUGACUCUAAAUGCCUUUUUGUCCCUUUUUUACCUUUUCUCUGACCAUUUGUACCUCAAUAAAUCCUAUUUUUAGUAUUUAAGAAAAGCACUUUCUUCCCUCAAACUCUUUUUAUAAACCUAUUUAUGUAGCAGGUGAAGUUUAGAUUUAAAGUUUCUGGUAAAAGCCAUAAAUUGUGUGAAUUGUUGGUUGAAGUUUUUAAAGUUGUGAGCACAAUUCCAAAUGCACUGUUUCCGUGUUGUUUACAUGUCGCUUCCUGUGUAUUUGAAAUAAAAUUAUAACGAUAAAUGAC